AUGAAUGCACGUUCCCACUGCCUUGAGUUAAGCGUUGAAGGUUUUCAAGUUGAUGAAGCUGUUUCCUGUCUUUUUCAUACUGUACUUCUACAUCGAUCGCUUGGAAAAUUUUGUUUUGCCCCUGAUGGCAGUCAGUACACUAUGGGCACUGUAGGCUUACAAGAUGUUGAUUGUGAUUUCAUUGACUUUACGUAUAUAUGUUGUUCAUCACCACAUUUAGAUCGUAAACUUCGAAAUGACAUUUCAGAAUUUUCUGAAUGUCUCAGGCGUGAUAAUCACACAUUUGGACAAAUCACAUUGGAGUUUUUUCAAAAAAAAAAAGCUAGGUGGCCAUUUCAACCAGAGUGUACACCUUGGGAAGUGUGGAACGUGCGCGUUGAUUUGUUGAAAAUUUGUAAUGAAACUAAUAGACAAAUAUCCAAGGAAAAAAUAAGUGACUCUUUGAGUGAAAAAAUAAUUUAUAUAGCAGAAAUAAUGAACAGGCAUGAGUAUUUGCCAAGUAUACCACAACAGUCUGAAUUGGAUUUAGUGUUUGACACAUCAUUUGCUGAUAUUCAACCAUACUUAUUUAAGACAAAUUAUCUAACUAGUGGUGCAAGUAGUCCAUCAGUCGGAUCAACUGUUCAAAAACUUAUACGAGAUACAUUGUCAUUAUAG